AUGACGAGAACACCAUUGGAGAAUUUGAAAGUUUUGGAACUUGCAGGCCCUGCCACGGCCCCAUUUGCUGGGCUGGUGCUAGCAGAUUAUGGCGCAGAUGUUGUCCGAGUCGAUCGACCGACAGAGGCUUUUGGUCCACAAGACACCUUAUGUCGCGGGAAGCGAUCAGUCAUCGUUGACUUGAAGGCUGAAGCUUCUCGGAAAGCUUUUAUUUGCCUUGCAGAUGUGGCAGACAUUAUCAUUGACCCAUACCGGCCGGGAGUUAUGGACCGUUUGGGCGCUGGUUCGGCGGUUUUAUGUCAAAGGAAUCCGCGGCUGAUCUACGCGCACAUAUACGGAUUCAGACCCGACAAUAGCAGCAUAUAUGCCCAGCGAGCAGGGCAUGACAUCAAUUAUCUCGCUGUCUCAGGUGUGCUGUCUCUCUUUGGGCGGAAAGACGAGGUUCCCGCCCCUCCAGCCAAUAUCCUUGCAGAUUUUGCGGGUGGUGGGCUUGUUUGCGUCGUUGGAAUACUCCUAGCCGUGCUCCAAAGGUCUCUCACAGGCAGGGGCCAGGUUGUCUCUGCUAAUAUGACAGAUGGAACAUCAUUUCUGGCGACUUUUGCACGACAACAACUAAGCACCCCGAAUUGGAAUCAACCGCGAGGUCACAACUUAUUGGACGGCGGUGCACCAUUCUAUGAAGUUUAUGAAACCCUAGAUGGAAGGUAUAUGGCAGUAGGAGCUCAAGAAUCGCGAUUUUACAGAACCCUUCUUGAGGGACUUGGACUCGACUACUCGAAGCUCCCCGAUCAAUGGGACAGGAAAAGCUGGCCAACAAUGAAACGGAUCUUUGAAGACAAAUUUAGGCUGAGAACGCAGGCGGCGUGGAGAACUAUCUUUGAUCAUACAGAUUCAUGCGUGACACCAGUGCUAUCAACAUCUGAGAUUGAGAAGCCGCUACAGCCACUUGUUGCGCUGUCAGAGUGCUCGAACCCUCGGAUUGAGCUUCAAGAGCCGUUCCCUCUACUUCAAAAAGGGAGCGGCGCGGCCAUGGUGCUCUCGAGCUGGCUGGGGACCACUGGGGAAGCUUCUGUACGCGUUGACAAACACUCUGGAAUUCUUUAUCAGUGCCAGGAGCAGUCUGACAACAAGGGCAUGAGCCGGUUGUAG